GGGCGGAGCGAGCGGGGCCGGCUCGGGGGCUGCCGGUGCCUCUCCCGCUCCUUGCUGGCCGGGAGGCGGCACUGCAGCCCCGGCACGCUCACGGGGGGCGGCACUGCAGCCCCGGCACGCUCUCCGCGCACCGGAGGAUGCGCGGGCGGUACCCGGACAGAGCCCGGCCGCCGGGAUGCGGGGCACGGGAUGCGGGGUAUCCGUUACCCGCGCUCUCUGGGUAACGGGCUCGUCCCCAUCACGCGCCGGGGCGGUGCGAAGCGGCGGAUGCCGUCACUGUCGCUUGCCCAGAGCUGUGUUGGGUACCAGGUGCUGUCACCGUCACGCACAGGAGCUGCGUCAGGUGGUCUGGAGAAGGAUUCUGUGAUGUACCCACAAAGCAACAGGAUUUGUGGACCUACAGCGGUCAGUUGGAACUCCUGUGAAGCAAAUCCAGGUCAGAGGUAUGAGAUCCUUAAACACCAUCAGGUCAGAGCUCAGGAAGGUACUGGAGCAGUGCAGGUCUGGGGACAGGACUGUGAUUUGAGAGCCCUGACACCCAUAUCACACCCAGCACGCUUGAUAGUGAAGAUUAAAUAACGCUGGGAAUGAAGGGCAUGCUGAUGUUUGGGUUUCUGUGGGCUCUGGCAUGACUGCAGAUAUUAUCAUCACUGUUUAUGGAACUAUCAAAUCUUGGACCACUGUCAGUGCUGUUGUACCCAGAGCCAGAGGAUGACAUCCUUGGCGGGCGGCCGUGCUGGGAAAUGAUAUAAGAUUGAAAACAUAUCCAAUUGACUUCACAGAUGGGGUUGGGUUUCAGAUAUCUGACUUUCACAUGUGUCCCACGAAUUCCCUGCUGUGUUCUCUGCAGCCCUUGCUCACAUGGGCCUGUUUAGGUGGGAAACCUUGCUACUGUCUUUAAAGAGACUUUACAAGAACUGCAGAGCUGACUUUAUGCUUGGUCGCUCCUCGUGCUGUGCUCAAAGCGCAGCUUUUCCCAGAGGAGCUUCCCCUUCUCCCCACUGGCAGCUUGCUGGGGUGGCUGUGGCUGGGAGGGUCACCAUGCCAGGCCAGCCAGGACCCUGCAGUGAGUUGUGUCCUGUCUGUGUGGCAGCCAGGCUUGUCACCUGAGGCAGUGUGGGAGCUGUGGCUGGACUGAUCCAUCCUCAUUCUUGGCCCCGAGCCGUGUCCUGGAGAGGGAGCUCGACUCCCUGCUCUGCCCAGCCCCUGCCCAUUGAGAGGGAUCCCUGGAAGUCUAAUUGGGAGCAGCAGCCCGUUUCCUACUGUUGGAAAAGUCCUAACUUUUAAAUGCUGGACAGGAAAACAGAGGCUUGGAUUUAUUAUAUCCUGGAGCUCUCUCUGUUGUUAUAAAACAUCUUUAUGUAGCUGCCUUUCUUCCCGAGGAAGAAUGAAGGAUGUUUUCUUCCAUCCGUUAGGCUUGGCAGAUAUUUUACUGCUAAGUGGAAGCAUUAAGCCUCCUCACCUGCUCUUUUCUUUGACCUGUGGGAUUUAUGGCACUGCUGUGACCUUGGGAGGGUUCUGGUGUAAGAAGCAGCUGCCUCGGUUUCUUCCAAGAGCCACCAGAUUAUGGGCAUGGCCCUUGGGGACUUUAGUCUUGAUUAAUGGUUGUCCUUCAGUGGAAAAAUAUGUCUGCGAAACUAUCCAAACCUUCUUAUCCUGCUUCUCUGGGGGAAAUCAGCACCUGCCAGAAGCCAGGAGUGCCCUGGAGUGCCCCAGCUUCUGCUCUGGUUCCUCCUCGCCCUUAGGAAGGGUUUCCUGGCAGGUUCUUGAGGCUGGAGAGUUCAGUGCAGCAUCCCUGCUCUGCUCUCCUCCCCAUCCUGCUGGGCAGCUGGAGCUGUCCCUGUCAGCAGAAUUUCCUUGGGAAGUGAUCAAUUUACUUAUCUGUUGGAGUGCUUAGGAAAGAUUGAAUCUCUCUUUGGGUGAUUUUAGAGCUGCUGGGAAGGUGGUGUGUCCGGAGCUGGCCCUGGGAAGUGCAGAAGAGCUGCCUGUGGAGGAGCAGACCCGAAGCAUCGCUGCUCCAUCCCCGUGUGCAGGGCCGCCCCCUCCCCUGCUCGGGGCUGGGCACCGCUGGUGGGAGGGAUUUCUGACUGACAGCGAGCAAAGAGGCAGGAGAGCAUGUGAGGGAAAGGAGCUGGACCUGGAGAGGCAGGGGGAAGUUUUGUGACUCCCGUGAACUGCAGGGAAGCUGCUCCGGUGCGUGUGUUCGUGCCCGCGGAGCUGCUCGCUCCCGGCUGCGGAGGAAGGUGGGAGCUGCGGCAGGAGGAUGCCUCCCCCUCUGCGGAUGGAGUGAAGGAGCACCCCGUGUGCUUUGGGGAAAGCCCCUGAGAAGGGGGAUUCUCCUGCCGGGAGAGCUCCCGUCCUUCUUCUUUCCUCUUGCCAAGUGCUGUUUUUCAGAGUGCCUUGGGAAGGGGAUCUCAGCUCCGGAGCAGCUCAGCUCACAUGGGGCUGUGCUGCUGGACACAGCCCAGGUCUUGUGAGCCCCCAGAUCUCUGGGCUUUGUCAGGAAGCAAAUCCCAGAAGGAAAAGUCACUUCAGUGCAUUUCACUGCGAGCAAAUGAGCAUGAGAAGCCAGGUUUGGUUUGGGGGAAAACCCAGCAGCAGCCUGCACUGUGAUCACUUCCCAUGGACUGAAGAAACUCGCUGAAUGAACCCAAGAGGGAGGAAGCAUCCAGGAAUGAUAAAUCCGCUUUCCCGCCGCGAGAACUCCCCUGUGCUCCGGUAGCUUUGUCCUUUCCAAGGAAAGACACCGGCAAGCUGGGAGCAGGAGGCAGCAGGAUCGUCUGCCCGUGAAGAGGAGGAACUGGCGGAGCUGUGCUGGGGGAGGCUCUGGGAUUCCCUGGGCACCCGCUGGGAGCACCUGGAGGGAGAGCAGCGGCUGCGAUGGAGUUUCCUGCGGUGGCACUGUCGUUCAUCCUGGCCCUGCGAAUAUCUCCGCUGGCUUCUGGGAGCAAACUGCAGCCCCACAUGCCGAACGUCUGCGCGGAGCAGGAGCUGGCGGUGGUGGGGCAGCAGCAGCCGUGCGUGCAGGCGCUGACCCGCGCCGUCAGGGUGUGGAAGCAGGACUGCGGGGGCCGGCGCUGGUGCACGGGCUACGAGCGCAGGGUGCUGUACUACACAGGCUACAGGCAGCUGUACCAGCUGAGAUCCCACACCACGUACAGGUGCUGCCCGGGGUGGUCCCAGCUGGCAGGGGAGGACGGGUGUCUGCACCCUGCCUGUGGUUACAGGGUUUGUCUCAACGGUGGAAGCUGCCAAGAGGGAUCUUCACAGCUCUGUCACUGCUCCUCUGGCUUCCAGGGACCUCGCUGCCAGCACGAUGUGGACGAGUGCCAGGUCCACAACGGGGGCUGCCAGCAGAGGUGUGUGAACACCCUGGGCUCCUACUACUGCGAGUGCCGGCCGGGCUCCCGCCUGCACACGGACGGCAGGACCUGCAUCGCUGUGAACUCCUGUGCCCUGAACAACGGUGGCUGUGAGCACGACUGUGUGCAGGUGACGCUGGCACAGCACCGCUGCCAGUGCCGCCACAACUUCCAGCUGCAGGAGGACGGGAAGCGCUGUGUCCUGAGGAACCCCUGUGCCGACGGGAACGGGGGCUGCCAGCACCGCUGCCACGGCCACCGCGGCCGCGCCCGCUGCGAGUGCCACCCCGGCUACCGCCUGGGGCCCGACGGCAAGGCCUGCGAGGAUGUGAACGAGUGCCUGACUGGACUGGCCAUGUGUUCACACCAGUGCCUGAACACACGGGGCUCCUUCAAGUGCACCUGUAACCCGGGCUACGAGCUGGGGGCGGAUGGCAAGCAGUGCUACCGGAUAGAGAUGGAGAUUGUGAACAGCUGCGAAGCCAACAACGGGGGCUGUUCCCACGUGUGCCACCACACCAGCUCUGGCCCAGUGUGCACCUGUAACUUCGGCUUUCGGCUGGAGGAGGACCAGAAGUCGUGCACUGAUAUCAAUGAGUGUGACACUGGUUCUCACUGUUGUCACCAAGACUGUUACAACUACCCUGGGGGCUACGAGUGCUCCUGCCAUGCUGGGUACAGGCUGAGCACGGAUGGCUGUGGGUGUGAUGAUGUGGAUGAGUGCUCUUCAAACAACGGUGGGUGUGAACACACAUGCCAGAACCAGCCAGGGUCCUUCCAGUGUGGCUGUGAGAUUGGACACAGGCUGGACGAAGACCGAAGGAGCUGCAUCUCCCUGGAGGACACUGUGGAAGCUCUGGAUGGUCGGCGCCCCGUUAUCCGCCCGAUCCCUCACGUCGCCAUCCUGCGAGAUGAAUUCACCCAGCUCUUCAACGACGACUACGAGGAGGAGGAGGAGGAAGAGAUGGAAGCAAGAGGGGAGCACACGCUUUCAGAGAAAUUCGUUUGCCUGGAGCGCACGUUCGGCCCCGACUGCAGCCUGACCUGCGAGGACUGCGCCAACGGAGCCACCUGCAACGCCGAGGGCACCGGCUGUGACUGCCCGGCGGGCUGGACGGGCACCCUCUGCAACCAGACUUGCCCGGCCGGCACCUUCGGCAGCAACUGCAGCCAGAGCUGCCGCUGCCAGAACGGCGGCUCCUGCGACCCCACCACCGGCGCCUGCCGCUGCCCGCCCGGCGUGGCCGGGGAGCUCUGCCAGGACGGGUGCCCUAAAGGAUUUUUUGGGAAACAAUGCAGGAAAAAGUGCAACUGUGCCAACCGGGGUCGCUGCCAUCGGAUUUACGGAGCCUGCCUGUGCGAUCCUGGCUUGUACGGCCGGUACUGCCACUUGGCCUGUCCCAAGUGGGCGUUCGGCGCGGGCUGCUCGGAGGAGUGUCGGUGUGUGCAGCCCCACACGCGGGACUGCGACAGGAGGGACGGCUCCUGCCACUGCAAGCCCAGCUAUCGUGGCGAGCGCUGUGAGACCAGCUGUGACCCUGGCUACUAUGGGGAUGGCUGCAAGAAGAAGUGUGGCUGCUCCCCGGGAGUGUCCUGUGACCCUGUCACUGGAGAGUGCCAGAAGGAGUGUCCCCCAGGGUACCACGGGGAGAACUGUGACCAAGAGUGCCCCCAGGGGACGUUUGGGGCGGGCUGCAGGUGGCCCUGUGCCUGUGGAGGAGCUCCCUGUGACCGGAGCACGGGGCAGUGCCACUGCCCGCCCGGCUGGAUGGGACACGACUGCGGCCAAGCCUGCCCUGGGGGUCGCUGGGGGCCGGGCUGCCAGGAGAUCUGCCCUGACUGCGCCAACGAUGCCCGCUGUGACCCCGCCACAGGAGCCUGUGUGUGCCCACCCGGCUACACUGGCCAGCGCUGCCAGGACGUGUGUCCUCCAGGCUGGUUUGGCUCCGACUGCCAGCUGAGCUGCAGCUGUGGGAACGAGGGACAUUGUCAUCCGGUGACGGGGAUGUGCAGCUGCCCACCUGGCUGGAUGGGGCACAACUGUCAGAGAGCCUGUGACGUGGGGCGCUGGGGCCCCGACUGUGCCCACGCCUGCAACUGCAGCAACAGCGACGGCAGCUGCAGCGCCGAGACCGGGCAGUGCCUCUGCGAUGCCGGGUACAUGGGCGGCCACUGCGAGCACAAGUGCCCAGAAGGAUGGUUUGGGCUGAGCUGUCGGCACCAGUGUCAGUGUGAGAACGGGGCAGCCUGUGACCAUGUCAGCGGGGCCUGCACUUGCAGCCCAGGCUGGAGAGGAACAUUCUGUGAGCACGCCUGUCCCGAUGGAUUUUACGGACUGGAGUGUCGGCAGAGCUGUGACUGCCUCAACGGUGCCCACUGUGACCCUGUGACAGGCCAGUGCCAGUGUCCCCCCGGCUGGACCGGCCCCCGCUGUGACCAGGCGUGCCAGGAGAACAGGUAUGGCCAGAACUGCAGCCAGACCUGCCACUGCUUCAACAAUGCCACCUGCAGCCACGUCAGCGGCCGCUGCCUCUGCGCUGCCGGCUGGAUGGGACCCACGUGCCAGCAAGCCUGCCCGUCGGGUUCCUUUGGGAAGAACUGCCUCCAGCGCUGCCUCUGCCAGAACGGGGGCACGUGUGACCCGGCCACGGGGGUCUGCGCUUGCCCCGCGGGCUGGACCGGGCUGGCCUGCGAGCUGGCCUGUGCCCAGGGCCAGCACGGGGCCGACUGCCAGCAGCGCUGCGAGUGCCACCACGGGGGGCUGUGUGACCGCCGGACGGGGCAGUGCCUCUGCCAGCCCGGCUGGACGGGGGACAAGUGCGAGAGCCCUUGUCCAGAGGGGCGGUUUGGGGCACGCUGUGAGGAGCUCUGUGACUGUGGGGACAGUGUCUCGUGCCACCACGUCACCGGCGCUUGUGACUGCCCCCGUGGCUGGAGAGGCCGGCGCUGUGAGAAGGCCUGCCUGCCAGGUUCCUUUGGGAAGAACUGUGCCAGCCGCUGCACCUGUCCCCUGGGAGUGCCCUGCCACCACGUCACCGGGCAGUGCGGCUGCCCCCCGGGACUGACCGGCUCUGGAUGUGAAAAAUGUAGGGAGACGGCAGGGAUCCUCUCACAGCUCUGCUGACAGGCUCUGGAGAUGGCAGGGAUCCUCUCACAGCUCUGCUGACAGGCUCUGGGAACGUGACGGGUCAAGCAAUUCCUACAGAAAAUACAGGGGGGGGGAAAGAGCGAGAGCUGUGCCAAGGAGCAACUCCCAGUCUGGCAGCUGGGUGCAUGCCUGCGGAAUGUUAGCGGGGCAGAGGGAGCCAAGUGGGAAAUCAAAACUGGGUAUUUAUCCAGAGGAUUAGCAGUAAAUCAGUAAUAAAAUGAGCUCCUGUGAGUAUGUGCAAGUCUGGAAGAGACAGAGGCAUGUGAGCACAUUCCUUACCCAGAGGACAGGGCUGGAUUUGCUGUGUCCGUGUGUGGAGUUUGCGGAAAUGCGAGGGCAGGUAGGGCUGGCACAGAAAACUGCAUCUAAUACCUUUAAGUACUUGGUUUUCCUUUAA